AUGAAGGAUACCAACGCGCGGAUUACCCGUUGGAAUCUGGCUCAUCAGCCUUUUAAGUUCAAGGUGGUCCAUAGACCGGGGGUGCAGGUGGCUGUUGCAGACUUUCUCUCCAGAAAUGGGGUUGGGGUGGAGUACUGGGCAGACCAGAUGGCUCCCCAGCCUGAGUCGGGCGUUGGAGGUGUGGUGAAUGGAGAGCAAGAUCAGGAGAUGAGAAUGACUAGACUAAAGAAACUGAAUGGUAAGCAAAAUGAAAUCAAAACAAAGUCCUUUGCUAUGAGGGAAAGCAUAAUGUAGAAAUACAAAGAGAUUCGAAGAGUUCUGGAGGAGGACUGUAGGAUCACUCUGUCCAUGCUGGAGAUGGAGGAGAUGUCUAUGAUUCAAGCACUGGAAAACCUCAUUGAGAUGAACUGUGUCCUUCUCAAAGACAUUGAGUUUCAACUGAAUGAAGUGCUGAUAGACAGUGACAAACAGUCUGGGGAUGGGGUCACAACGUGUGAGCACAGGGUACGGGAAUUGCUAUCAGCGAUAGUCCCUGGUCUAGUAAAACUUGAUGAGGCAAAAGCAGAUCAGUUACUAUGACUAACUAACAAUCUACUGCUGUUCAUCCGUUCACAGACCCCGAUUGUAAAGAGACUGCUGAAGAGCUAUUGCACAGAAGUGUCCCUUGAUCCUACCACCACCCACCCACAGCUAACUAUUUCAUCUGCAGGGGACUGUGCCACUUUCACGGAUGUAUGGCAGGAUGUCCCUGAUGACGGAGUACGCUUUGACACCACCCUUAAUGUGCUCAGCCUCCAGUGCUGGAACUCAGGCCACCAUUACUGGGAGGUAGAUGUGAGUGGAAAGAUCUACUGGGAGCUGGGUCUCACCUACACGUCUAUCCCUAGAAAAGCCCAAAAGGAGGACUACUGGCUUGGCCGGCAUGCUGAAUCCAGGUGUCUGGAGUAUUUUGAUGGCGACUACAAUGCCUGGCAUGGAGGUACUGCCCAUCCUUUACCCACGUCCAAUUGCUUCCAUAGGAUAGGGAUCCUCUACAGCUUUCCUGGGGGUCUCGACAUGACACCACUGUUCUCAUUCUGUGCUACAGACUCUCUGCAUCUGGCUCUUUGUCCAGGUCAUGAUCUUCAUGGGACAAACUCAAAACCUGUUAAGAUCUGUCAAUUCUAACCAUCUUUAAAAACUGCAUAGUGUGUAGAAGGGCAGGUUUUCUUAGAACAGGUUUGUUUGCUUUCACAAACAUUUCUGUGCAGUUUUGUUUUGACAAAAUAUCAUUGUUUCUGCAACAAUUAUGCUGUAACAAUUCUAUUCUGUUUUUUAGGGAACUUUGAGAGUAACAACUGGUUCAUUUUAAGAGCACUUUUAACCUUCUAAUAUGAUCUCAAUACAUGGCUGAUAGUAAUAUUACCAUAUUGCCAUACAGAAAUCUAAUACAUAGCAAAAUAUUUAAAACACAAAUAUACUAUGUAUGUUCAUGUAUUAUUUUUACUGAAAAGUCACAUUCUUGUACAUAAAUACAUUUCAAAAUACUACAAAAAUUUCCAUUUUCACAUAUGUAACCUAUUUUCAAAAAUCAUAGUUGAAUUUUAAAAUGUACAUAGAGUACAUUUUAAGUGUGUUCAUAAAUGGCCAUGUAUCAGAUUUCUGUAUGGGUGACAAUGCCUUUGAGAUGAAAUAAUCAAUGAUAACAUGAUUUAUUUUGGUACAUAUUCCACGAUAAAAUAAAAGGAAUAUUCCUUAUACUGAACAAAACUCUUGGGAAAACAGCCUUGUAAGCACUAUUUGAUAGUUCAGCAACAUGAAAAGCAAAUAUUGUACUGUAUAGUAUACAUAUCACAUGGUGACACAAGUUUUUAUUGCGCCAAAAGAUUAGUCUUAAACUCAAUUCAAAAUGUGUGUGCAAAGCAUGACCCUCAGUGUUCAGUGUAUACAACAAACACUGUGGCCGUGGUUAAUCUUUUAUAGACAUGCUAUGCCCCCUCAGCAGUUUUUUUAUUGAUCCAG